AAUAGAUCUAUUGUAAAGAUUUUAAGAAGGUUUUUGUUAAUAAGGAGAACUGGACAAUAUAUUACAGGAUCAAAUGAGUGAAUGAGAUCACCAGUGAGAAUGAUUCCAACUGUUUGGACCCUUGCAAGACACCUGAGGCUCCCUGAACACCAGUAUGAAAACCACAGGGCUAGCAGACAUAGAGAUAGAGAUCUGACUUUGAGUCACCCUGAGCAGACUGUUGCUGCAGUCUGAGUGCAGAUGGGGCACAGGUCCAAGAUGGUCGUCCUGGAAUUUGGGCAUCUUCAUCUGUAUCCGCUGUGCUGGUAUCCAUCGAAACCUGGGGGUCCACAUUUCCAAGGUUAAGUCUGUCAAUCUGGACCAGUGGACACAGGAGCAGGUUCAGUGUGUUCAGGAGAUGGGAAAUGCCAAGGCCAAACGUCUCUACGAGGCCUUCUUACCUGAGUGUUUUCAGCGCCCCGAGACAGACCAGUCUGCAGAGGUCUUUAUUAGGGACAAGUAUGACAAGAAGAAGUACAUGGAUAAGGUCAUUGACAUCAAGAUGCUCAGGAAAGAAAAGAGCUGUGAAAACAUACCCAAAGAACCAGUUGUGUUUGAGAAGAUGAAAUUGAAAAAAGACAUCAGUCCCAAGACAGAGUCCCAGUCUGUUACAGACCUACUCGGAUUAGAUGCCUCUGUUGCCAGUCCUGUAGUGUCUAAUGGUGGAGGAUGUGUGCCAGACAGUAAUAAGAGCCCAGCGGUGUCCAAUCCAGCUCUGGCACACUCUGCACUGGAUCUCUUCAGCUCCCAGCCAGCACCCUCCUCUGCUUCCUUCACUAAAACCACGCCUGUUUCCAACUCCAUGCUUCAAAGCAGAGUGACUGCCUCGGUGCCUGAAAACCUCAGUCUGUUCCUGGAUCCAGCACCCAAAGCAGAGGAGGCCACUGUCAGGAAACUGUCCAAGGACUCCAUUCUCUCUCUCUACGCCUCCACCCCCUCAGUGCACACCAGCAGUAUGGCUCCUCACGCAGGGUUGUACUUGAACCAAAUAGGAUACCCGACCCACCCAUACGGAUCGUACCAUUCCUUAGCCCAGGCAGGUGGCAUGGGAGGUGCCAUGAUGACAUCACAGAUGGCCAUGAUGGGACAGCAACAGAGCGGCAUGAUGGGACAGCAGAAUGGCUUAAUGGGCGCCCAGGGAGCCAUGGCUCAGCCUAGUUGUGUUAUGGCGUCACCCUACAUGACAGGAAUGACCCAGGGCAUGAUGGGACAGCAGCAAAGCGGAAUGAUGGUUCAGCAGCAGAGUGGCAUCAUGGGACAGCAGCAGAGUGGCAUCAUGGGACAGCAGCAGAGUGGGAUGAUGGGACAGCAGCAGGUUGCAGGCUUACCUCAUCAGCAGGUGUACGGAGUGCAACAUGCCCAGCAGCUACAGUGGAACAUUACUCAGGUGACUCAGCACAUGGCCGGCAUGAAUCUCUACAACACCAAUGGCAUGAUGAGAUACAGCAGUCAACAAAUGGGAGGCUCGACAACUCCCAGCUCGGCGCACAUGACAGCACACGUUUGGAAAUGAUCUCAUCUAUCCAGAAAGUGAUUUAACUUCAAUAACCCACAAAAGAGAGGGGAACUGAGUUGUAGGAAUCGGUGGAUCACGCUCUCCAGGAGACAUUUUCUGAUGCAAGGGAGGAGGAGAAGGAGAAGGAGACAGAUGUAAAGGAAAAUAGGGUUUGGGAAACCAUUACUACCUCUCUUUCUCUCUCCAGUCUGCCCAUGCUUCCUCUUCUCGUCCCAUACAUUGCCAUGUUUUGCAUAUUCCCAUGCUUGCCUUCAGAACACUUUGGUAUGAUGACCAGGACAACAGGGUUCAGAGGUUCACUGGUUAGGACUACACUUCUACCCAUCUUUCCUACCUGCCUGUAUGUGAGAGUGUGUGCGCCAUAGAGACUAAAUGGAUUCUGCUUUUUAUUACAUACAUAUGCUGUAUGUGGGUGUCAACAAACUGCUUCAC